AUGGCGCCGACUCCACCUCCACCUCUCUCCUCAACCCUCAUUCCGGAGGAGUCUUCUACAUCCUUCUUUGCCUCUCUACACUCUCUUCUUCCAACGUUCCACGUAGAAAACGGUGCUCAAUUAGCUGUUACAAUGCUUCUUCUAAUUCCAGUCGUUUAUGUGGGAUAUCGGUUAUACAGAACAUUCUUUGCAUUCCUGAAAGCAAUCUUCAUCUACACAAUUGCACCUCUCUUCUACAAACCAAAUCUGGAACAGUACCAACACAGAUGGACAGUCGUCUCCGGUGGAACCGAUGGAAUUGGAAAAGCUUACACAUUGGAACUUGCAAAGCGAGGUCUCCGGAAGUUUGUACUUAUUGGAAGAAAUCCAAAGAAACUUGAUUCGGUUAAAUCAGAAAUUGAGGAGAAGCACUCGGACGCUCAAAUCAAGACUUUUGUGUUUGACUUUGGUAGUGGCGACUUCUCAAGCCUUCGCGAUUACAUCAGCGACAUCGAUGUUGGAUUUGUCGUGAACAGCGUUGGAACUGGUCGCGACAAUUUGGAAAGAUAUGGAGACAAUCCAGAUGAGGACACUCAAAUAUUGAGAGUAAAUGGAAUGGGUGCAGCCGAGUUCCUAUCAUGUGUGCUCCCACCAAUGGAGAAAUCUGGAGGUGGACAGAUUGUUGUGCUCUCGUCUUCACAAGGAGUACGGCCAAUACCCAUGCUUGCGGCUUAUUGUGCAACAAAGGCUUUGAUGACGUUCUUGUGCGAAUCGAUUGAUCGCGAGUACAGUACAAUCAAUGUUCAAACUUUGAUCCCUGCAUUGGUCGCCACAAAAAUGACCUACUACACGAAAGGAUCUACAUUCGUUGUGACACCAGAAAACUUCUGCCACCAGGCGGUUGGCUCAAUUGGAUUGACGAAGAAGACUGCUGGAUGUUUGAACCAUGAGCUUCAAAUGCUCGGAUUCCACCUGUUCCCAUGGACUAUUCUCAAGUACCUUAUCAUGCCAAUCUACUAUCAUCAGAGAAAACGUGUGACAGAAUUGCACAAUACGAGCAAUAACCCAGAACAGGAAAUUUCACUUCAAGAAUUGAAUGAGGAAACGGUGGUGCCUACAACAAAGAAAACUGUCACUCGUGACUCGGCCACUGCCUAAUACUGAAAAGAAUAGUUGUUUUUAAUUUUCAUUUUCCCUCUGAAAUUGUGCUUUACAUACAAAUUUUAAUUUCUAAUAACAUGUUCUUGUAUCUAUUUUUGUGAAAUUUUAUUUCGUUUCUUGUUUUUUUUUCUGGUUUUUGUCAACUCCCCCUGCAGUGAAAUUUAUCGAAACAAUAAAUAUUUUCAUGAG